AUGGCUGGGGUCCCAGUAACGAACUGGGGAUCUCAUUUCGCAGUUACCGCACGCAGGUGGUCUGUAAGCAGCACUUCUGCACUGACUGCUGUUGUUGCUGUUGCUGCUGCGUUGGGUGUUGUGUUCCUGCUGCUGUCCUGUGGAGUCGCCAUCUCGCGCAACGCCAAGGCCACCCAAGUGUGGGGCAGCCGCCGGCGCCUUUCAUCCAGAGAGGCUGAAGGACCUUGUGAACAAACUGCAUCCGGAGGAGCAGAAACAUCAGCAGGUGGUGAAGGUGCAGCAGCAGCAGCAGAUGGAGAAGAUGCAACAGCAGAUGGAGAAGAUGCAGCAGCGGCAGCAGAUGGAGAAGGUGCAGCAGCAGCUGUUGGUGGAGAAGGUGCAGCAGCAGCAGCAAACGGAGAAGGUGCAGCAGGAGCAGCAGAUGGAGAAGGUGGAAUAGUAGCAGCAAAGGAUGACACACGAGGCCAGGCGGUUCCCACGUCCCCAGCAGAAUCUACUCUGGAUCCAAUGGCCGCUCCGUUCAUUCCUAGAGGCGUCAGUUAUGCAGCUGAAGGUGCUGACGAAGGGGACAGAGCAGCAGGUGGAGCGUCCGCUGCUUCUUCUUUGGAGGCGACUGCGUCCCCAGCGGCCAAAGGAGCCGCAGCAGCAGACGAAGCACCAUCAGCUGCAGGGGCAGGAGGAGUGCAUGGGAAGACAAAAGGGACGACGGGAGAGGUGAUGUUGCCGCCGCCUGCGCUGUGGCCAGGGGGGGUGGGCAAGGCAAUAGGGUCUUCCCCUUACUUGGGUUUCUACUUGACCCGCUAUCGAGAGUUUGCGGAUUAUUGUCGGCAAUACUUGAGCUUACUUUCUCCAAACUUUGCUUCGCUUAUAGCAGAGCAGCUGUUGCGCCAUGCUAUAGCGGAGUUUGCUGCAAUGACGCCUCUGUGCUCUCGGGAAGAGGACAGGCAACGGGUUAGUGCCAUUAGGGCAUUUUUCCGUCUGAGUCUGAGUGUUGGUGGCCGCCUCGACAGGCCUCCGCAGACAGACAUGGACCGUAUGGCGCUUGCUCUGCGCAUGCUGCAGCAAAGAGAUUCCAUUGCUAUCCCUUUUGUUACGAUUCAAGCCAGGAGGCAUGCAACUCAGACAUUUCUUCCUCCGGCGUGCGCAGCGUUGCGGAUAAUGGCAACUGCUGUAAAUACGCUCCUGCAGAGUCUCAGUGGCCACAACCCUCAUGUUCCCCCCUCUCUCUACGCGAGAGAGUCCGCUAUUAUCGGUGCCGUCAUUCAUGAGAGGUUGCUGCAGGUGCUGAGGCACAACGGUGUCGUGCAAAUGCUGCAACAACUGCAGAGCCAGUGCUGUCCCGGAGCCAUCUUCUGCGAAGCCCAUAUUUCGGAAUCUAUGAGAAGAUAUAAAAGAACUGUUGGGCACCCGGACAUCUACUUCAUUGAUCAAGCAGCAGAGAGAGCAGCGGCAAGAUCCGCAGCACAGUGGAGGCAGAUGCUUGCACAGCAGGAAACAGCAGCAACAGGAGCUGCUGGAUGGGAUCCGGAAGGCUUUUACGGAGGAGAGCUUGCUGCUGGUGAUGGAACCGAGGGCUGGCUCCCCAGCACGGGUCCCCAGGGCCCACAAGGUGGACAGCAGUUGCAGCAGUGGGAGGUUUGGCAGCAGCAACAUGGUGAAUUGCAGCCGCAAGUGUGGGAGGUGUGGCAGCAGCAACUGCUGCUGCAGCAACCGGUUCCUGCAGUCUUUCCUGCAGAGGGAGCCUACUCGCUGCCAGUCGCUGCAGCCCCCGAGUCCCUACAAGAAUGGGCCUCAGCAGCAUCUGAAGGGCAAGAUUUGGUUGCAACAGAAGAGCCAGAGGCAGCAGCACCUGAGGGCGGGGAGGAAGGGGGAAUGGAGGACUCCUUGCGUUUUGACCUCAGUGCGCCUCCCUUGCCUACCUUCCCGUUUCCCCGUGACGCUCCGCCUCACUUGCCUCUUCCUCAGCUGCUGCCCUCCACAGCAACAACCUCUCCGUCUCCACCGUGGCAUCCUUCUCAGGUGGGCCAGCAGCAGCAGCCAGCGGGGCCUCGGGGGCCGGUAGCGCAGCAGCUUCAGCAGCAAGAAAAACCGGGGGGGCCAUUUCCUCCGCCGCAGCAGCAAGAGGAGCCUCAGGACACCUUUGCUCAGCCACAGCAGCAAGGUCAGGACCCUUGGGGGCAGUUACCCCAGCAGCAGCUGCACGGUGGGGUAGCUUGGGGGCCCUCUCUCCUGCAACUGGAGCGAGUAGGACCUUGGGGGGCCUCUCCGCAUCCUCUGCAGCGCGACGACCCUUGGCGCUAUCCCCCUCAGCAGCCGGAUCAUGAUGAUUCUUGGGGGGCCGCACUGCCGCAGCAAAAGCUUGAGCUGCAGGUGGAAGCUUCGGGUGCGCUGGAGGGGGAAGAAGGGGAUUCUUUGCCCACCUUCUUAGAAUCUUCUGGAGCCUCUGCGUACGUCGAUGCUCUUUUGAGUCCAGAUAGCAGCCCCGAUGUGUCGAGUUUGCUCGUACAAGGGCCAUAUGGACGCGAGGGCAGCGAAGAAGGUGAAACUGUUGGUUUGUUUGGAGGCUCCGACUCCACCGCUUCUGUAGUAUUAUUAGCUCCAAGGGAAAGUGCAAGUCACGGUGCGCAUCUGCAGCAGCAGCGGCAGCAGCAACAGCAACUGCCGCUGGGUGGCUCCGUUUUGUUUCGGGGCUCCGAUUACACCAAGCCGCUAGCAGCAGAAGGGGAAGUAGAAGAACGCGGUGCACAGCUGGCGCCGCAACAGCAGCAACAGCAAGAGGCGUCCGCUGGUCUUGGUUCUUCCUGGAGUUUGACGGAUAUCGCGAUCGGCAGCAGAGCUAGCAUCCUUCGAGGGCCCCCGCAUGUGCUUCUACCUUCAACAGACCGUCGUGCUUCAGGUCAAACCGCGCCGGUAGAUCGCACAGGUGGGCGCCCCUAUGCCGAAGCCCUGAAGGGUGAAGCCAAACGGGAACAUAAGAGUCAAUCGGAAGAAAAAAAAGGACAAGAAUAA